GUCACGCCCAUCAAUUAAAAUAAAAAUGGCGGACUCUGGAGGUUCCACUUCGUUUCUUCAAGGCACAGACGAAGGAGAGUUUCACAAUAAAUACGAGCCGAAGGAAAUAUUAGGAAGAGGUCUGUCAAGUACAGUAAGGAGGUGUGUAUCACGUGAUACAGGACUGGAAUAUGCUGUCAAGAUAAUAAGUAGGACCCAAGAUGAAGUUAUCAAUGAAUCGAUAGCUGCCGAAAUCGAAGUCCUGAAUCUCCUACCGAAACAUCCCAAUAUUAUUCAGUUAUAUGAUAAGUUUGAAACUCCGGCGUACAUAUUUCUUGUUUUUGAACUCGCCUGUGGCGGAGAGUUAUUCGACUAUCUAACAAAAGUUGUACGUCUCUCAGAGAAAAAAACAAGACUAAUAAUGCAGCAAGUCUUUAGCGGUGUCCAUCACAUGCAUUCAUCUUGUGUAGUACACAGAGACUUGAAGCCGGAGAAUAUAUUACUAGACAAGAAUGGCAAUGUCAAAAUUUCCGACUUCGGUUUUGCUACAAGAGUCGAAGAAAAUGACGAACUCUCUGACCUAUUGGGUACUCCUGGUUAUCUAGCUCCCGAAUUACUAAAAAGAUCAACAGAGCCGGAUGCCCCUGGCUACAAUAAAGAAGUCGACCUAUGGGCUUGUGGUGUGAUUAUGUACACAUUGCUGGCUGGGUUUCCUCCAUUUUGGCACAGGAAGCAGCUCAUAAUGCUACGUAAGAUAAUGAAUGGAGACUAUGAAUUUGUGAGCCCAGAGUGGGACGAAAUCUCCGACGCAGCAAAAGACAUGAUAAGAAGAUUACUGACAGUUGAUCCUAAGCAAAGGAUGACUGCCUUAGAGGCACUAGAGCAUCCAUUUCUAGAGUCAAAACCAGCAGAGUUUGUGAUAUUUUCUGCAGGAAGAAAACUAAAGGCAAUUCUGUGGUGUGUUCGAUUUUGUGUUGCUGUAGACCGAAGUCGAAAAACUCCAAAAGUUGUGACGAUAAAGGACAUUGGGACGAGCCCAUAUGAGAACAGAUACAUUCGUAAACUAAUCGACACUUGUGCCUUCCACAUAUACUCCCCCUGGGUCAAGAGAGGAGAAGAACAGAACAGAGCGGCGCUUUUUGAAACAGCUCCAAAAGUUGCCAUGAAACAUCCAAACUUCUACAUUAGCAGUGCAGCCGUAACUUUUACAUUCACUUGACUCAAUCAAUACUAUGAUAAUAAUAAUAAUUAUUAUUAUUAUUAUUUUUAAUUCCUUAACAUGAAUGAUUAUUAUUUAUAUAUAAUUUUCAAAUACUAGUCUUUUAAGUGAUGCUA